AUGAGGGUAGGGUCGCAGAACAUUAAGACCCUGCAGGGUAAGUCGAUAGAACUGGUUAAGAUUCUUAGGAAGAGAAAGAUUAAUAUUGCAGGUGUCCAGGAGACCAAGUGGGUAGGUUUCAAGGCUAGGGAUGUAGAUAGAUACAAGUUGUGGUAUUCAGGUAGUAAUAGGUGUACGAAUGGCGUAGGUAUCUUAGUGUACGAAAAACUUAGGGAGCAGGCAGUGGAGGUUAAAAUGGUUAGUGAUAGGGUUAUGACUAUCAAGUUGGUCUUAGGGGGGUUUACUUUGAACAUCUGUAGUGCGUAUGCGCCUCAGGUGUGCCUGGACGAGAAAGAGAAGAAGAGUUUUGGGGAGGUUUUGGAUGAGGUGGUUAGAGACAUUUCUAGUUCGGAGAAGAUUUUCAUAGGUGGUGAUUUCAAUGGGCAAAUUGAGUCUUUGCUGUUAGGGUAUGAUGAUGUGCAUAGGGGCUUUGGUUUUGGGGUUAGGAAUGAUGAGGGAGCUGCUCUUUUGGAUUUUAGGAGGGCUUUUGGGGAGUCUACUAGAAAGGUAUUGGGUAUUUUGAGGGAUGGGUCUGGUCGGUAUCCGGGGGAUUGGUGGUGGAAUGAAGAUGUUAAGAAGAAGGGUGAGAUGAAUAAGGCGGCUUAUGCUAAGUUAGUUGAGGGUAAGGAUGAAGAGCAAAAAAGGAGGCUAAGUUAG